CGGUUUACUCACUGCUCCAAAAUGGCCGCCCCCUCCUUUUCUAAAAUGGCGGCGCCCGCAUUGGAGCGGAUCCUGUCGGAUCUCCUGGAACCCGACAGCGCCGGGAUCCGCCAGGCCACGGAGCGGCUGCGGGAGGCGCUGGAGGAGCCGGAGGGGCCCGAAGGCCUCGUGGAGCUGCUGAGGGGGGCGGGGAGGCCGCAGAUCCGACACUUGGCCGCCGUUCUGCUCCGGAAGCGCCUCCGGAAGCUCCCUCAGGAGUUGAUUGACAGGCUCCCUCAUGUCAUCGUCGAGGCCUUGGAUCGAGAGACAGAUUCUUGCAGCCGAGGGGCCCUGGGGCAUCUCGGGGCGAAGCUGCUGCUCCUGGGGGGCCCCAAAUUUUGGGAACCGCUGGAAAAAUGGAUCCGGGAGGCGGCGAGGGACCCCAGAAAAUGGAGGGCGCGCUGCGGGUGUUGGGCGUGGCGGUGGGCGUGGCCGGCCCCGCCCUUUCCGGCUCUGGCCCCGCCCUCCUGUCCCUGCUCCGGGGGGUCCUCAGAUCUCGGGGUGACCCCGGAGCCGCCGGCGCCGCCCUCGGGGCCCUGGGGGCGCUCGUGGCCCUCGUGGGACCCAAAAAAAACGAAUUUGCUUCGCUCUCUGGUCCCCGAGGUCCUGGCGGCGCUGGAGGAGCUGCUGAACCUGGAUGAGGAGCGCGGGGCCGACGCUCUGGAGGUUCUGGAUGAAUUCUUGGAAGCCAAUCCUGAAUCUUUGAUCCCACACUUAAAGCCCAUGCUGGAGCUCUGCCUGCAGGUAAAGGCGAAAUUUUCAAUUUUUCAGCCCAAAAUUUGGGAGUUGUGA